AUGAUCGGCGGCAAUGACGCCAAGGACGGUGAUGCACCCUAUCAAGUGUCCAUUCAAGAAAAUAACUAUCAUACUUGUGGUGGCUCUAUCAUUUCACCAAAAUGGAUCGUCACUGCUGCACACUGUUUUCCUUCCAAUGAUCCUAGUCGAUUUACUGUUCGCUACAACAGCCUUAAGCACAAUUCGGGCGGUCAACUUGUUUCAGUGAAACGGGUGAUACUCCACAACUACAACUCGGUGACACAAGAAAAUGACAUAGCGCUCAUUGAAACAGCUACAUCAAUGGAACUGGGCACUGCUAACGCAGCACUCAUUCACCUGCCUGUUCAAGGUCAUGACCCAAUGCCAAACAGUUACGUCAAGGUUGCAGGUUGGGGCGUUGAAACAAACGAAAAUGAGGAUAUUCCUGAACACCUUCAAAUUAUCCGAGUACCAGUUGUCGGUCGUGAAAUAUGUCAAACUGGCCACAUUGACGAUAUAACUAAAACAAUGUUUUGCGUUGGAAACUUCAAAUACGGCGGUAAAUCUGCUUGCUACGGUGACAGUGGCAGCGGCGUCAGUAGUGCUAAUAAAAAUGAACUCUGGGGCAUCGUUAGCUGGGGAGAAGUUUGCGCUGAACCGGAAGAACCGGAGGUGAACACUCGCGUAGGCCUCUAUGUAAACUGGAUCAAAAAGAUAACCGGUGUUUAA